AUGGCUGCUUCAUCUAUAACGCAAUCCUCUUCUUUCUUUACUGAACAUCGUCGUUUACUUUUUUUCUUCUUAUUUCUGUCACUCUCUAAUGCUCAACCUUCUUCAUCAUCUCGACCACAUGCACUCGUGCUUCCUAUUUACAAAGAUCCAACAAGUCUCCAAUAUGUGAUCCAAAUUAACCAAAGAACACCUCAACUAGCUGUAAAGCUUGUUGUUGAUUUAGGUGGUAAAUUCACCUGGGUUCAUUGCAAUCAAAGCUAUAUAUCAUCAAAAUACCGACCAGUUCUUUGUGACUCGCCCCAAUGCUCACUAGCCAGCAAAUGCAGCAAAUGUGUAGUGUGUGCCGACACUACACCUCGUGAGUCAUGGUGUCAUAACCAAGCUUGCAGUAUCUACACAACUAACCCGAUUACUGGAUCAACCAGUAAUGGGGAGCUGUCUUCAGACACUGUGACUCUACAAUCGACCAACGGGUCAAUCACGAUCUCAGAUGUUACUGUUCGUCAAUUCGCAUUCGGUUGCGAAACAACUACUAAUGUCUUAGAAGGACUUGCUCUGGGUGCGGAAGGUAUGGUUGGUCUUGGACGUUCAGGACUUUCCUUGGAUUCACAGUUUUCAGCUGCAUUUCGAUUCCCUCGGAAAUUUGCACUGUGUUUAUCAUCCGGCCGUGGUGUGAUAUUCUUCGGCGAUGGACCUUACAUGAUGCAACCAGGAUUCGACUAUGGACCUUUCAUUGGGGAUUUUGUUACAGGAAUCGACAUCUCGACACCUCUCUCUUACACACCACUUUUCACUAACCCGAUAAGCACGACUGGCUAUUCUGCUGCAGGUGAAUUUUCCACUGAUUAUUUUAUAGCUGUAAAAGGGAUCGAGGUAGAUGGCGAAAGAGUCGUGAUAAAUGAAGCAUUGCUAUCCAUUAACAAGAAAAAUGGGAUCGGAGGAGCAAAAAUCAGCACUCUAGUUCCUUACACUACCAUGGAGACAUCUAUAUUCAAGGCCUUUACUAGUCUAUAUAUUAAAAAGGCUAAAGAAGUGAAUAUGGCCACGGUUCCUCCAGUGGCGCCUUUUAAUGUCUGUUUUAAUUCAUCGACGUUGAUAAAGAUUAAUCCGAGAAUAGGAGUUCUUGUGCCGAGAAUUGAUCUGGUCUUGCCGAACAAUACAAGUUUUGGGUUCCUUGGACCGAGAAAUACUAUGGUACGUAUUAAUGAUGAAGUUACGUGUCUGGGAUUUGUUGAUGGAGGUUUAAAGCCGAGGACUUCGAUUGUUAUUGGUGGGCUUCAGUUGGAAGAAAAUCUUCUACAGUUCGAUAUUCCUAGAUCAAGAUUAGGAUUUAGUUCAACACUGUUGUUUAGGCCAACUAGUUGUUCCUACUUCAAAUCUCAAUUUUAA